AUGUUUAGUCCUACUCAGGAACAUUACCUGAAGAAAGAGCUUCUGGAGAAAGAGCUUCUCAGGGAGAUUCAAGCAAUGAGUCCUAACUACGGAGAUGUCACUGGAUUGCGUAAGUUUGGCCCUCCAUUUGCUCCAUACGACCCCAUCAAUGCUCCUGACUCGAAGAACCUGUCAGAAUUGUUGCAGGUGCAUUAUCAGAACGUCGAAAUUUACAACGAAGAGUUCCCUCUGUUGAGAUUCUUUUUUACCAAUUUCUUACAAAAGUUUCCCUUUCUCCAAUACUACGAGAACCACAAUGUUGCUAAGAAAAGCACUAUCCAAGAGCAAUUAUGGAUCAACAAAGUUCAGCAGUUUUACGAAAUUUGGAAAAGUAAGAGGAUCAGUACAUCCAAUGACAGAGGGUCUCUAUCAAAGAGGAAGUUACUGAUUUAUAAGAUUGUCAAGAUGAUGUUGAUGAUGUACAAUACUGCUAUUUUGGUAUCGGGAGAUGAUGAAUACUUCAAAAACCCUUCGGAAUCUGAAACAUCAGAUGGCCGUUUAAUGAAAAAUGCCUACAAAGAUAUUGAGAAGAUCUUGCCCAACGAAUUGAUAAACGUUGAAGAAAUCUUGCACAAUAGGGAGAAUUACAUUAAUGGUUUAUAUAUCAAUGUCUGCGGGGUUGUCAAGGACAAGAUGAAAAGUAAGAUUAAAAGUAUAAACCCGUUGUCAUACUGGUACUCUGAUACAGCUCCCACCAUGAAGUCAAUCUACCUGUUCAUUAUCUUAGUAAAAGAUGAGACUACUGGAGAGACAUAUUACGUUAAGCGAAGGUACUCUGAUUUUAAGAACUUAGAUAGCCAAUUAUUGCGCCAUUUUCCUGGAAAACAACUUCCCUCUGCGCCCUCCAAAAUCAAGAUGAGCUCGGAGUUAAACGAAGAAAUGGACGACACAAAUGCGGAUGACGUUGAUGUAACAUCCCUGGAAUCGAAUGACCCUGUUCAAAAUGUCACCAAGAAACUUUCUGACUUCAAAGAUUCUGUUUCCAAAAGUGCCCAAUCUGGUAAUCUUUUCAAUUUAAAUGGAAACACUUCUAAACAAGAGAUCUUGCAGAGCUUCCCCAGAGAGAAACUUAGACUUGCACUUAGAGGUUAUGUUCAGAAUUUGAUACGAAUCCCAGAGGUUAGAAGCUGCAGUAUAUUGAAAGAGUUUUUGAAAAAAGACUGCUAUCAUGAGCUAUCGAACAAGGAGGAGGAAGAGAUUAAGAAUAGGAUGAAACUGGAUGACUUGUUAAUCAUACAGCAAGUGAAAUUUCAACAGGAAAUUGUCAAUUCCGUUAACAAUCUCCAAGUGAAUAUAAAUCAGUUGAAAGAACAAAUUUUUGGCAAUGGUGAAACUGGUGAACAGGGACUCCUGUUCUUGUUCAAAGAGAUCGAAAUGAACACCAAAGUGGUUGAGUUGUCUCCACAAUUGCAGAGUUUUAUUGAACUGUUCAAGUUAGAAGUUGCAUCUACUAUUUAUGAUUUUUUUGUAUCUUCAGAUUCAUCUAUUGAAAAUUUUACACUGUUAACCAAGAUUCACCAGUUCUUCCCGUACAAGAUUGUUCAAACCAUUCUGAGGUUCACUAACCCAAUGACAAUAAUGAAAAAAAUGAUAGACUUGUUCUUGUAUCAGCCGUUAGGAAGUGGGAAAUCUCUGAUGCAGUUCGUCUUUACACAUAUCCUCAACGAUGACUUGAAACGGUUAGAAAAGGAACUAUUGUUCCUGAACAAGAACAUCACCAGUAAGUAUACCGGAGGUGACGUUUUGGUCGCCAAAAUUGAUGAGUACAUGGAGGAGGAGGAUAACAAUGUUAUUAUUGAUAUCAAAGCAACUUGCCACAAGUACAAUAUUGAUUUAGUGUUGGCUUUGCUGUUGAACAGUAACCAAUUGAAAACGAAGAUUGAUCAGAAAGUAUUGGUAGAAGUUCUUGCUAGUUAUAAGAAAUGGAGUAAUGACGAUCUGGGAUCUGAUGAAGCUAAACUUUAUAUUGAUUUGAGAACGCUAUUUGAAACAAAACUUCGGAGAAGAGACAAGGACUUAUCAAAAGAGUUGUGGGAUUCACCAUAUUUGAUCCAACUAAUAAAAGAGCUGAUUGCCAUUUUUUUCCAACCAUUGAUUGUCAUAUUCACUAAAGCCAAUCUCCACAAGUAUAUUCCUAUCUUUAAAUCUUUCAUCGAAGAUUUAAUUGACCUAAUAAAAAGAUACCAUAACGAUUACAACUCCAUGAUCAACGAAAAUGGUUCGGUUGUUUUAGAUUUUGUUGCUGUAUUGACCAAGUACCAAGACUAUUUGUUAGAGUUUAUCCACAAUUUGUACAUGAAUGAUGGGAAAGGUGACGAUGAACAGGUUUUCAUGCAACUGAUCCAAUGGUUCAACAGUUUCAUCAAGUUACUGACUUUUGUGAAAACUCAGCGUCCUGAUUUAAAAAUUGAUCUAAAUGCAGAACUUGACCAAUUUGUAAGCCUUCACAACUCUCAAGUUGAAGAUGAUAGUCAAAAAAUAAAUCUGGACAAACUGCGAUUGGAAAUUGAUAGAAAGAUUCAAGAGAUUAAUCGGCGUAAAGAAGCGUAUCAAAAUAUUCUGGUCAGUAAGGACAACGGAGAAAAUAACCCUGCCAAUCUUGUGGAACAGGACCUUUUGGCACAGAACCGUAAUAAAAUGUUGACUAAAAAUUGGAAUGAGAUACAUGGCAAACUAUUUAGUGAACUGGAUAAAGGUGAUAGCAAGAACAGUUUUGUUCAGGAUGUUUUGGGGAUUCAUCAGGGAGAAAUGGAUGAGCUCAACUUGGAGUUUCUGGAAUGGGAGGAACAUGAGCGUGAGGACCCUUCAAACUCCAUUGUUUUUGCUAGGACUGAAGAAGAAGCAUUGUCUGCAAUCGACCAAGAAUAUCUUAAACAUGGCAAAGAGACAUUCAAGAACUUCAUUGAAGCCGAUGAAUUUGAAAACGUCACUAGCCAUGUGAAGACAGAGUUGAAUAAACUUUUCAGUAUCAACAGAGGAGAAUUUAUACGCCGGUUAAGUUGGAAAGUUCUUAGUUGCUACGUAGAGUAG